AUGGCGCGUCUAGGCCGCGUGGGCUUCCUCGCCCUGGCGGUGGUAUUUCACCUCAUUUAUACAUACUCAAUUUUUGAUAUUUACUUCGUCAGUCCGAUCGUGAGUGGUAUGCGAUCAUAUGGUGUCGAUCGAGCACCCGGUACCACUGCUCCAGCCCAACGUUUGUUCCUCUUCGUUGCCGAUGGCCUUCGCGCCGACAAGGCCUUCCAGGCUUUCCCGGAUCCCUCCCCCGAGAACCCAGCAGAACAAAGCGACGAGUUGAUCCGGUUGGCUCCGUUCAUCCGCUCCAAGGUCCUCUCCGAAGGGACCUUCGGUGUCUCCCAUACACGUGUUCCCACCGAGUCUCGACCGGGCCAUGUUGCCCUAAUUGCAGGCCUAUACGAGGAUGUUUCAGCAGUUACGACGGGAUGGAAGCUGAAUCCGGUCAAUUUCGAUAGCGUGUUCAAUCAGAGUCGACACACAUGGAGUUGGGGUAGUCCCGAUAUCUUGUUAAUGUUUAGGGACGGUGCGGAUCCUGGCCGAGUUGAUGCGGAUACAUACGGGGAAGAGAUGGAGGAUUUCAGUAAAGAUGCCCCACACUUGGAUACAUGGGUCUUUGACAAAGUGCAUGAGCUUUUUGAGUCUGCCAAGAGUGAUCCGGAGCUAGAUCGGAAAUUGCGCGAGGACAAGUUGGUUUUCUUCCUUCAUCUGCUUGGACUGGAUACCACUGGACAUGCGCACAGACCUUACUCUAAAGAAUACUUGAACAACAUCAAGGUUGUCGAUCGUGGUGUCCAGGCGGUUACAAAGCUGGUAGAGGAUUUUUAUGCAGACGACAAGACUGCUUUCGUCUUCACGGCCGACCAUGGAAUGAACGACUUGGGAAGCCACGGCGACGGACACCCCGAUAACACACGGACGCCUCUUGUUGCAUGGGGCUCUGGUGUUGCAAAGCCACUACCCAAUACUCCUGGUGCUCCCACCGGCCACGAGGAUGGAUUUUCGUCGGAUUGGGGAUUCGACAAGGUCCGACGACACGAUGUAGAACAGGCCGAUGUGGCCGCUCUCAUGGCCUACCUCGUCGGGUUGGAUUAUCCUGUCAAUUCUGUUGGUCAAUUGCCAUUGAAUUAUCUUGAUGGCAGUCCUAAGGAGAAGGCGCUGGCCGCUCUUGCCAACACACGGGGCGUGCUUGAGAUGUACCACGUUAAGGAAGAGCAGAAGAGAGCAGCCAUGAUCCGCUAUGUUCCCUUUGAACCUCUGUCCGGUGAUGGUGAGACUUCAAUUGAAGGUCGCUUUGCGAACUUGGAAGCUCUGAUUUCCAAUGGGGAAUAUGAGGAAUCAAUUCGUCUCUCUUCCGAAUUGCUACUUGCUGGUCUCGAGGGCCUGCGUUAUUUGCAGACCUACGAUUGGUUGUUCCUAAGAACCAUUGUUACUCUAGGGUAUCUUGGUUGGAUCGCCUACUCCUUGACCACUGUGAUUGACUUGCAUGUCUUGCAUGGAACGUCUGACUCUCAUCGCACAACAGCCAGUAUCUCAUUCUUUUCGUCUGUCUUGGUGGCUCUGUUUUCUGUGUUCCUUUAUCAGAGCUCUUCAUGGCGCUACUACUUCUAUGGAUUUUUCCCUGUUUAUUUCUGGGAAGAGGUCUUCGCUCGCAGAAAGGCUCUCAUCGCUGGCCGCCAGAUUGUUCUAGGACACGUCCGCUCUUUCAAAGGGUAUUUGAGUUUUGGACUGCAGCUGGUAGCCUUUGUUGGUGUUCUAGAAGCACUCGUUCAAGCUUAUUACCGCCGAGAGAUUUUGACCAUCUGCUUUGGAUUGGGUGCUCUGUGGCCCGUUGUCUAUGGCUUUGGGUUUAUCCGCUCCCAUGUGUUCUUGGUCGCAACAUGGGCACUUGGCUGCGCUCUCAUGGGUCUUUUUACUCUUCUCUCUGUCAUCAAAAUCGAGGACGUUGAUACUAUUACCUAUGGAGGUCUUCUGAUGUUUUUCACUGGCCUUCUUUACUUGAUGUUCGAGGAUUCCAUCCUUGGCAAAAGCAGCUCUGCGCCUAAGACCGCAGGGGCAGUCAGUACCCUUGGAUCACGUAUCAUUAUGGGCGUCCAAGUUGGCUUGGUUCUUCUUGCCCUGAUUGUUACCAGAUCUAGCAUUUCCUUCCUUCACGCUCGCCAGGGCCUGCCUCUUGGCAACCAAGUCGUCGGUUGGGGUGUACUUGUAUUGUCGGUAAUCUUACCUUUCUUCCAUCGGCUGUAUCCUAACAGCCACUAUCUGCACCGUCUCAUGGUUAUCUUCUUGACAUUCUCCCCCACAUUCAUCAUCCUCACUAUUUCGUGGGAAGGCUUGUUUUACUUUGUGUUCUGCUUAACCCUGCUUACAUGGGUUCGCCUUGAGCACGCCAUUUACGUCCAUUCGGGAUCCAAGGAGGUCAAAUCGACCGGGCCAAGCAACGGAUUGGUGGCCACAUCCGAUUCUGCGCCAACUGGAUCCGCGACUGUUGAUGGUCAGACAUACCAGUAUCGUGCGCUCACCGUCUCCGAUGCCCGUGUGGCACUGUUUUUCCUCUUCCUGCUACAGUCAGCGUUCUUCAGCACAGGAAAUGUAGCUUCCAUCUCUACGUUCUCUUUGAACAGCGUUCGCCGUCUUAUUCCUGUGUUCGCACCCUUCAGUCAAGCGGCUCUCCUCAUCUUCCAAAUUCUUGUCCCCUUCGCCAUCAUCAGUGCGAACCUGGGUAUUCUCAACCGCCGAUUGCAGGUUGGACCCAGCGCCCUGUUCAUGGUUGUCAUGUCUAUUUCAGACGUGAUGACCCUGAACUUCUUCUACCAGGUCCGUGACGAGGGCUCCUGGUUAGAUAUCGGCAUGACAAUCACCCAUUACUGUAUCGGCAGCGUUCUUUGCAUCUUCGUUGCAGGCCUCGAGUUCGUCAGCGAGCAGUUUGUCAGCGGUGUGGACUUUGGUCCCAUUGGUCCCAUUGCCACGCCCCUGGUUGCAGUGGCGGAGGCUGUCAGCAAAUCUGCUGAAUGUGGGCAUGAACCCAAAGCGCGGCCCCCUAAUCCCAACCCCAAGCCUAAGGGCAAGGGUAAAAAGGCCCGUAAGGGUCAGUAA